AUGAAGCCCCCCGCGGCCCUGGAGGAGGCGCGGCGGCGCCGGGCGUCGGACAUCCGCGUGUUCGCCAGCAGCUGCACCCUGCACGGGCUGGCGCACGUCUUCGGGCCGGGGUCCGCGACGCCGCGCCGCGCGCUCUGGGCGGGGGCCGUGCUGCUGGCGCUGGGCGCCUUCCUCUUCCAGGUGGUGGGCCGCGUGCGCUACUACGGGGAGUUCCACCACAAGACGGCCCUGGACGAGCGCGAGAGCCACCGGCUGACCUUCCCCGCGGUGACCCUGUGCAACGUGAACGCGCUGCGCCGCUCCCGCCUCACGCCCAACGACCUGCACUGGGCCGGGCCCGCGCUGCUGGGCCUGCACGCCGCGCACCACGCCGCCUUCCUGCGCGCCCUGGGCCGCCCGCCCGCGCCCCCCGGCUUCAUGCCCAGCCCCACCUUCGACGUGGGCCGCCUGUACGCGCGCGCCGGCCACGCCCUGGAGGACAUGCUGCUGGACUGUCGCUUCCGCGGCCGCCCGUGCGGGCCCGAGAACUUCACGGCGAUCUUCACGCGGAUGGGGCAGUGCUACACCUUCAACUCCGGCACCAACGGGGCCGAGCUGCUGACCACGCCCCAGAGCGGGGCAGGCAACGGGCUGGAGGUGAUGCUGGACGUUCAGCAGGACGAGUACCUGCCCGUGUGGAAGGACACGGAGGAGACCCCGUUUGAGGUGGGGAUCCGAGUGCAGAUCCACAGCCAGGAGGAACCCCCGGUCAUCGACCAGCUGGGCUUCGGGGCAGCCCCAGGCUACCAGACUUUUGUGUCUUGCCAGCAACAGCAACUGAACUUCCUGCCUCCGCCCUGGGGCGACUGCAGCUCAGCCCCUCUGAACCCCGACUUGGAGCAGGACCCUCCCGACGCCCCCAGCCCCAGCCCGGGGCCCAGUCCACCCUAUAGUCUGACGGGCUGUCGCCUGGCCUGCGAGGCCCGCUAUGUGGCCCGGAAGUGCGGCUGCCGGAUGAUGCAUAUGCCGGGCAGCGCGCCCGUGUGCAGCCCCCAGCAGUACAAGGAUUGUGCCAACCCCGCGCUGGAUGCCAUGCUGCGCAAGGACGCGUGCGCCUGCCCCAACCCCUGCGCCGUCACGCGCUAUGCCAAGGAGCUCUCCAUGGUGCGGAUCCCCAGCCGGGCCGCCGCGCGCUACCUGGCGCGGAAGUUCAACCGCAGCGAGGCCUACAUCGCGGAGAACGUGCUGGUGUUGGACAUCUUCUUCGAGGCCCUCAACUAUGAGACGGUGGAGCAGAUGAAGGCCUACGAAGUGUCGGAGCUCCUGGGCGACAUCGGGGGGCAGAUGGGGCUGUUCAUUGGGGCCAGCCUGCUCACCAUCCUGGAGAUCCUGGACUACCUCUGCGAGGUCUUCCUAGACAGGGUCUUGGGCUACUUCUGGAACCGAAACCGGAGGCGCUCCCAGAGGCACUCCAGCACCAACCUGCUUCAGGAAGGGGCGGGUGGCCCACGCACCCCCGCGGCCCAGCUCACCCUGGACCCCAGGCCUCCCACCCCGCCCUGCGCCAUCGCCAAGACGCUCUCGGCCUCCCACCGCACCUGCUACCUCGUCACGCGCCUCUAG